AUGAAACUAGGUUGGAAGUCAGAUCCACUUCGAGUUGAUAAAACUUAUGGCACACCUCUUCUUGGAGAAUCAGUGCUAGGAUUAUCGGGAAUCCACCACUUUGAGGAUACUAGUGGUGGAGGUGGAAUUUUUCGAUCCUCCUUUUUGGGCCAUGGAUUAACCAUAUUGACUUCAAUACUGUCAAUAGCCCAUUUGUUACACCAUGGAUUUACAGAGGCCACUACAACAUUUAUGAACUUGUCAGAACCCAAAGGAAUAAGUGACAACGGAGAUAUUAUCGAUUGUGUUAAUAUCUACAAACAAAUCAGUUUCGACAAUCCAUUUAUUAAGAGCUCACAACUAAAUCUUAACUUGGAGAAGCAGAUGAAAAGGGAUAACUCUUUCCCCAAGAAUAAGCUUGUCCAGGGCUGGCAUAGAAACGGAGAAUGCCCAUUUCAAACAGUCCCUAUUAUAAGAUCCUUUACACGUCAUACUAAGACGUUUCAGAAGCCACUUUCAGCCAUGAAGUUCGGAGACAAUAAGAAUCGUGAUCAUGCGGUGGUAUGGGAGAAGGAAGGAGCAUACUUAGGAGCUUCUGCAAAAUUCAGUAUUUCGAAUCCUCAAACUCAGCCAAAUGAUUUCAGUUUAGCGCAAAUUCGGCUCUUAAACGGGAUGGACACACGUCAUUUAAACUCUAUUCAAGCCGGUUGGACAGUCCAUCCCUUAUUGUUUGGAGACUAUCAAACAAGGUUUUUUACAUAUUGGACAGGUGAUAACUAUAACAGAACAGGAUGUUAUAAUCUCCAAUGCGAAGGCUUCGUGCAAACAAGCCGGACUUUCGCCAUCGGCUCUCCCAUAUCAAUUUCCAGCGAGAUAAAAGUUUCUAUCUUUAAGGAGUACGAAACAGGAGACUGGUGGCUGGAAUUGGACAAUGAACUUAUAGGAUACUGGCCUCGUAUACUUUUCAGCCGUUAUCUCAACGCUUUUAAUUCAACAAUCAGCAAAAUUUCAUGGGGCGGAGAAGUCUAUUACAAAGAUGAUUCAGGUCAACACACGGCUACUCAGAUGGGAAAUGGUCAAUUUCCUGGAAAAGGUGCAAUAAGAGCUAGUCAUGUCCGCAAUCUUCAAGUUUCUUUCUGA